AUGAGUACUAUUGAAAGAGUACAUCCGUCAGAAAUAAAUUUAGUGCACUUCGAUAAUCCAAAAUUGUUAGUUACUAAACCUAUUCCAACAUUGCCAAAAACGACUAAACAACAUCGAUAUUCUGUGGCAAAAAAUGUUCGUUCAAUGGACUGCGGAGACUAUGCGUUUGAAGCUAAACACCAUAAUUGUACAGAAGUUUUGAAUAGUAUAUUAUCACCAAGGGAAUGGGAAAUGGAUGGUAAAAUAUUUUCUCAAAAAAUAUCUAUUCAACCUGCUACUAAGCGAGAUGUGAAAAAUCUUGUUGAGAAAUUCGAUACAUAUUUAAAAGAAUAUAACACUAAAGAGGUGGGACUUUGUCCGAUUAAACACGAAAUAUACAGUCAAUGUUUUAAUGAAGUCAUAAGACAAGUAACGUUAAACUGUGCGGAACGGGGUUACAUGUUGAUCCGGAUUCGCGAUGAACUUCAGAUGAGCAUAAAUGGUUAUAAAGAGAUGUACGAGAGUGCAUUAGCUCACGGGAUUCGAAAGUCAUUACAGCGGAAACACGCAAAGUCUGAUUUAUUGAAGACUGUAGAAUAUUUGAGGUCUGAAAAUAAAAGGUUAGAAGCUGAGCUGAUGAAAAUCACCUUGAUGACAGAAAAAAUUGAUCGAGAUGCGGCUGAAGAGCGUAACGUGAUCAUUAAACGUCAAACCGAAGAGUUAGACGGUUUAAAAAGAGCUAACCAACUGGUAAAAGUUCAAUUAGAAUCUAUUGUAGCAUCAAAGAAUUUAUAACACAAACAUUGCUGCUGCAGCGGUAUCA